CGCUGCCAGGCAGCACCAAUGUGAACUGCUCGAAAGCGCACGAAGGGAAGGAAGGGGAGACGCGGAGGAGGAGGAGGAGAAGGAGGAGGAGGAGGAGGGUUUCCACAAGAACAGCUCUCCCUAAUUCGAACAUCUUCACCGAGCACUUCAGAUUCUGCCGGACAAACAACUAUCGCGCAGAAAGAAAGAGAGAGAGAGAGACAGAAAAAAAAUUACAAGACUGGCGGACUAUUUAGCAAUAAACCGGAUACACUGACAUUCCUGGUCGUCUACAGAAAAAGGAGAGAAAAUUGUCAUUUCGGUGUUCGCAAACAUUUCCUGUAUGAAACAUGGCCAGAAGAAUUACCUGUUUUCCAUCAUUUCUGUCUGGAAUAUGGAUACUUGCUUUGGUUAUAGCCUUUCUCGCACAUCCAGGAUCUGGAAGGCAUGAUGCUGAUUUACCAGAUGAUGGCAAAGAUAACAUCACAAUUUUUACACGAAUCCUGGACAGACUUCUGGAUGGAUAUGAUAACAGGCUGCGGCCAGGUUUAGGAGAAAGUGUAACAAAGGUUGCCACUGAUAUCUAUGUAACCAGCUUUGGACCUGUUUCAGACACAGACAUGGAAUAUACAAUUGAUGUCUUCUUCCGGCAACGGUGGAAUGAUGAGCGUCUGAAGUUUCAUGGUCCAAUGAAGAUUCUCCCACUAAACAACCUUCUGGCAAGCAACAUCUGGACACCAGAUACAUUUUUUCAUAAUGGGAAGAAAUCGGUAGCGCAUAACAUGACGACACCUAAUAAGCUACUCAGACUGACAGAAAAUGGAACGUUACUCUACACUAUGAGGCUAACAAUACAUGCAGAAUGUCCGAUGCAUUUAGAAGAUUUCCCCAUGGAUGCCCAUGCUUGUCCUUUAAAAUUUGGAAGCUAUGCCUAUACAAAUUCUGAAGUUGUUUAUACGUGGACCCAUGGGCAGGAGAAAUCAGUUGUGGUAGCAGAAGAUGGUUCACGAUUAAAUCAGUAUGAUUUACUAGGUCACGCUGUUAGCUCUGAAAUAAUCCGAUCCAGUACAGGAGAAUAUAUAGUAAUGACAACGUAUUUCCAUUUGAAAAGAAAGAUUGGCUAUUUUGUGAUUCAGACAUACCUGCCUUGCAUCAUGACGGUCAUUUUGUCCCAGGUUUCCUUCUGGCUGAACAGAGAAUCUGUGCCUGCUCGUACUGUUUUUGGUGUCACCACUGUUCUUACAAUGACAACCCUGAGCAUCAGUGCAAGAAAUUCUCUACCCAAAGUCGCAUAUGCGACUGCCAUGGACUGGUUCAUGGCUGUGUGUUAUGCCUUUGUUUUUUCAGCACUAAUUGAAUUUGCAACUGUAAACUAUUUCACAAAACGGAGUUGGGCAUGGGAUGGAAAAAAGGCUAUGGAAGCACAUGAGUUCAGGAAAAAGGAUUCUGCUCCACUUUCAAAGAAAGCCAAUAACACUUACAACAUUGUUGGGACAACCUAUGCCAUCAAUAUUGCUAAAGAUCCUGGCUUAUCUACAAUUUCUAAGAGUGCAGCAGCUCCAGUGAAGAUACAACGAAUUGAGGAAAAGUCUCCAGAAAGCAAGAAAACCUACAACAGUGUUAGCAAAGUUGACAAAAUGUCUCGUAUUGUAUUCCCUGUCCUUUUUGCAAUUUUUAACCUGGUUUAUUGGGCAACAUAUGUUAACAGAGAACCGAUAAUUAAGGGUUCAAGUCCCCAAAAAUAAAAAUAAAAACUUUCAAAAGCAGCUAGAUUUUCAAGGCCAAGUGUUGUCAAAAAUCCUUUUAUUUCUUUAUACCGCUAAACUGUUUAUUAGAGUUAUAUACAAAUUUUUCUUUAUUCUCUACAGGAAAUAUAAUCCUUUCACAAAUUACUGUGAUGAUUAGAAAGCAAAAAUUGACAAGAGUAAAGUGGCAGCUUUUUUUCUGUGUGUUUUAAAAAUACAAAUAAGGUAGGUCAAGAUCUGUGAAGUUAUCCCAGAAUAAUACAAAGAAUUUUUACUUCUCUCUAGGCAGCAAUGAAGCGUUUUAGUAUACAGUAAUCUGAUAUUUAAUAUUUGAAAGUGCCAAUUAAGGGAUGUGCUUACUGACAUAUUUAAACAGUGCCAUAUACCAGCAUAUAUUGCAUCGCAAAACACUGCUGCUGUUAUUUCAUGCCUCAAAAAUAAAUGCAGUGCUCGACAACACUCAGUAAUUGUUGGUGUAAUGUUUUGUGAAUUGGUCUCUUGGAUUUGCAUUUUAUUCAAAUCCUAUAACGGUAAACAGCUAAGAAAAUGCAGAAAAACAGUGUUAUACUAAUCAUAUAAUCCAAAUUUUUUGGUUGGUCAUAUAAUAAAAAAUGUUAACUUUUAAGUGCAGCAUUGGCUGAUACUGUGGAGUUUAUUAACAUAAUUUCAUUCACAUAGUCUGAGUAAUGCAUGGCCAUGCAAUGUGAAGAGCUAUUUAAUUGAAUGAAAGGCCUCUCGACUCUUAACUUCAGUUAAGUCCUGUUUAUUGGAUAGUAUACAUAUUAUAUAUUUAUUUCCAUCUUGGAGUAACCAGGCAGGAACCAACUCUGGAAAGGGAGCUAAUCUAUCGCAAUUGUCUACUACAUAUACUCACACAAGACUGUACAUUUACUUAGAAGACAACACUUUAGGGAAGCCAAUAAAACUAACAUGUGAGUCUUUAUGAUCUCAAAGGCAUCCCGAAUGACUGGAAAAAAUGCCUGAAAUACAAUGAGAAUGUGUAAACUUCAAACGUUCAGUGGCUGGCCUGUGAAUUUAAAUUCAGUGCCCUGGAGCAAGCCAGUGACCAAAAGUACUGCCACACAGAUGUGUAUGUUUGUAAACAUACACAUGGAGAGGUACAUAAUAUGCAUUACCUUGGAAAAGUGUUUAGAUCCCAAAAAAAAUGCUUGAUUGUAAUUAUUUAAAGUCUUUUGUCUCCGACAUUUUUAAUAUUAAGUAAAAUUAGAACCAAUUUUUUAAGUGUUAUUUAUAAUCCCAAAUCAUUUGAAAAUGUUGAAUGCUCUUACAAGGCACUGCAUAAUAGAAAAUGUAUUUGUAUACAGUAAAUAUAUUGGCAGCUCUACAGCAUAUGUUCUGUCUGCACUGUAUAUUAUAUAUGCCUGGCAGUGUUGGGGAUAACAUGUUAAAAGUAACACAUGUUAUAUAGUCACAUUACUUUUUAAAGUAAUGAGUAACGUAACCAAAUACUGAACUUCUUUUCUUCAAGUAAAAAUACAUGCAUUACUUAAAAAAGUAAUAUGUAUUAAUGCGUUACUAUGAAAGAUUAUUCCUGCCAAUCCAAAAUUGCGAUUUAUUUUGCAAAAAUAUUGCCUUAUUUCGCCAAGAUGUUGCCUGCCACUGUGAAAGUAACAUCAUGCACAGUUGCGAUCCAGCUAUCUGGUUAAGCAUGUGAGUAGCGUUCAAUCAAGUGAGAAGAACUGUACAAAAGUUUUCUUUUUGAUUAACUAUUUAGAGAAUGAAAGGAGACUUCAGAAAGACAAAAUGAGAGGAGAUUAGCACUGUCCCACUCUCUUCCACCCAGAUUUGAAUAAACGUUAUACGUAAGUAUACAUUUAAUUCUGCAUGUGCUGAGGGGUCGGUUUAGGGUCACAGUGAGCAUCACAGCAUCGCUGGGUGUAAAGCAUGAAGCCGGUGGGCUUUAGCAGUUGGAAGACUCGAUCAAAGUGCUCUCCUAGUGCUGUGUCUGUGCCCCUCCUGCACUGCUUUUAAUAGCUGCCUUCUCCGUGGAUAAAGACACGUAUAGGACACCUUCUUAGUCCGGGCCAAGGGGCGCUACAGUAUUUAUAAAAUAUAAGAAAGGGAUCAAAUUUGGUUGUGUUUCUGGUCAAUUCCAUGAAAGUCCAUUGGUUUAGGAUUUAAUAACAAAUGCUGGCCAGUCAAAUGUGCUGCUUUUUAUAUACCAAAAAGAAGAAAAAGUAACCUAAAAGUAACGCACUGUUUGUGACACAUUACAUUUAAUUAUAAGUAACUAUGUAACAUAUUCAGUUACUGUUUUGUAAGAAGAUAAGUAAUGUAACGAAGUUACUUUUAAAAGUAAUGUUCCCCAAUACUGAUGCCUAUCUAUAUACAGUAGAUCCAUGCGUUAACACAUACAGUAUAUAUAAGAGUAAAUCUGCAAAAUACUUGACAAAUUCCAAUUUUGCAUUUCCUUGAACUUAAGAAGUCUGACAAACAAGAGGAGACAAUUCAGUCCAUAAAGCUCCUUUGCUAAUUUGUUGAAAGCAAACAUUUCUGUGAAUAUUGCUAAUACACAUUGAACAAAAGGGAUGCUUCAUGCUACUUUAUGCCAUAAUUCGUGUUAAAAUAUCAUUGACAUAUUUUAUGUCUCCACACAUUUGAGCAAUAGGCGUUAAGAAAAUGACGAGUCACAUAAACAGCAGAAAUAUACAAAAGGCCCUGCAUUUAUUUGCUAGAGUGAAGAGCAGUGAGAUAUUACAGUUUGCAUCUAAAAUGAGGCUGAAUCCUCUCACUCUCCAAAAUGACUAAUAUGGGCUUUGGUGGCUUCAUUUUUAUUACAUGAAGGCACACGUCCCUUGCACUUUCAUUGCAUUUCUAUAGUAGUUAAAUCUUAAGAUAUAUUUUAUCUUUUCUGCUAAAGGAAGGUCUGAUGGAAAAUUAUUUAUUUUUAAGUAAUUGCUUUAUAAUGUAUUUAAUUCACUUACCCAAAGUAAAAAAAUAUAUAUAAUUAUGCUUCUGAUCAGCCAAAAGAGACUCUAAAAUGUAAUAAACUGAUUUCAGUUACAAAUGCAUCUGUUGAUAUUAUGCUGCAUAAUUUCUUCUUUAAAAUAUCAACAAACUAGCAAGCAUAGUUCUUUGUUCUGAACAAAGCGUGAGGCCAAAUCUACCCUGUUACAGCGCUUUAGGAUGAUUUAUGUAUUUGAAUUCUUUCACCAGAAAAUAGUUUUGCUGUCAAUUAAUCUAAGGAGAUUUAGAAUUCAAAGUUUGCCUUAUCAAGAUUACAGUUCUUAGUCAUUGCCUGAAACAGUGUGAUUAAAAUUGUAAGUAUUUGAACUUGAAACUUGAAAAAAAAAUCUCUUUAAUGGACAACACUUGACCUUAUUUAUUUUUUAAUACGGAUAAGAAAACUGUGAUUCUUUUUUUAUUAUUGUGCCUGUUUGUUGUAAGAUCUAUGGCUUUAUUCUUUGUUUGCUUGCAUGUAUAAUGAAAGAAUUCACAAAGGUGUGUUUCUAAGAAUACUUUGGCAUCUUUUAAAUGGUUGAGCUUAUUCUGCAGUGAGUUCCAGUAAACUUUUAAAAGUAAAAAAAGAAGAGAAUAUCAGGGGAAUAACUGAACAAUGCUGGGCCUCUGCUCACUCAUCCAACAGGAUUUACUGGUAAAGUAUGUUCUAAACACAGCCCUCUGGACACUGCAGUUUCCAAACUUAUACAGAAAUCUCAAUCAAAAGCAAAAAUCUGUAUAGUAUUUUAUUUUCAUAAAUUCUUGAGAAUAAGAGGGCAGUGAUCCCCUGGGUGAUAACUGAGUUAGAAGGAGUGCUCCAUUAAAGGCUGAUGUCUCCUUGUGUAAGUGUGGUUCAGAUAUAAAUCCAAUUUUUUUAGCACCAUAGCCUUUAAUCUGUAAAACAAACCAAAUUUAUCGGCAGUACGUGUCACAGUGUGAGAGUAACAAUCUUGAUAAAUGAAGCUGGGAUGCCUUCAGGUGUUGUAUAACCAAUGAAAUUCUAAUUUUAAUUAGGAAAUAACUGAGUGACAAUCGAAAGUGAAGAAUGCAUUAAGCUUAUCAUUCAAAUCCUGAGUAAAACUGGAGUUUCAGUCAAAAAUGUAAAGCCGAGAGCAACGUUCAUUGUGAAACAUUGGAGAAAACACAUUCUGCUUUUUCAGAUUUAGCUAUAAGCAAAUUUUUACUGGACUGGUCUGCUCAAAGAAGCCUUUAGGAGGCACAGAUUUAACAAUGAUGGCAAAACUGAACAUUUUGGUUGAACGAGCUGAAGUUAUCCACGUGAAAACACUGCAAGGAGAAUACAAUUUCUUGUUUCUGGUUUACAAAUUCACCUUGUCAUAAACUCCUUGCUUAAAUAAGCUUCUCGUUUCUCUUUUAUUCCUCAGUUUAAUUUAAUUAAGCUUUUAGCUUCUUGGUCACCAAAGUAGCUUCCUUUCCUGUGCAGUUAGAUUUUGGCCUCAGUCCUUCAUGUCUUGUCUUCCAGUCACUUCUAUUAUUAUUGUAAAUAUUGUAUGACAAAUUCAUAUUUUACCUUUAAAUUGUAGCCAUUGUUAGGGUAACAGGGGAGCUGAGAGUCUAUCUUGGCAGAACUGAACACAAGUGAGGAGACCACCCUGAACAGAUUGUUACCAUGUACUGUUAGGACGUAUUCACAGACACCCACACUCGGACAUACUGAGGCAAUUCAGUAUCUUCAAUUAACCUAAAGAAGUGGAUGCCAUACCAGAAACCCCACCUAGACACAGGGGAGGCACUUCUUUAAAAUAUGCCCACCAUUUGUUAACUCGUACAGUUUAGAACUCGUUUAAGAACGGAAGGGCAGUGGAGUGAAGCAGCCAAUGAUAAUUUUAUAGAAGGCAUUUCAUUAAGAGCACAUGCUUUACAAACACAGAAGAAAGAAUGUGCAAACCUUUUAUGAUUUUUAGAAUAUGGGCAAAAACUACGUUGUUCUUCAUCUUGUUUAUAAAGCAGGGUAAGCAAAGACCAAGAGCCAAAGUAUAUCUUUUUAUGUCUUCAGAAGAAACACACCUGCGAUUUUAAUGAAAGGCAAAGGGUCGCCUUAAAUGUUGUUUUUUUGGAUGUGUUUGUUGGCAAGAUGCAUUUGCAACCAUAUUGCGAACAUUUAUAGAGCAGCAGGUUAAUGCAUGACAAUCCCUCACACUUUUAAACUUGUAAAUAUCAGGCUAGAUUAUUAUUCUCCAUUCUACUUUAAAAAAGCACAUUUCAUACUUCCAAUCUAUAAGUAUUCUGGCAAGCUUUAAAGACUUGGAUUGACACCAACCUGAAGUCAAAAUAUUGUGUUGGAGGUUUCCAUUUUUAUAGCAGACUAGCUGAACUACCCAGCAUUUCCCAUGUGGAAAAGAAAGUGUUUUUUUUUUUUUAAAUAUAAUUAAAAAACACACAACUUUAAAAAUAAAAAUAAAUUAACAAACAAUGAAGACUCACUAAUAUGCUUGUCAUGCAGUCUUGUAUGUAUGUUAUCAUCCAGAAACAACAGGUGUGCGGUGGUGCUCAAACAUAAAGAAUACUGGCAGUCACCUCCAGUUCGCCCUCUGGUGGUCGUUCCAAGUGUCAACUGGAUGAUAAAAUGCAUACAAGACCGCUAAGAUCACCCCCCACCCUACCCAGAAGGGGCUGGGUUAGGGUUGAAUUCACCCUACAGAAUUUUUAGUCGACCAAUGAGAAACAUGUGUACCAAGUUUCAUGAAAAUCACUCAAGCCGUUCAGAAGUGAUGCUGGAACAUACAUACACACACACACACACACAUUGACUUUUAUAUAUACAGAUUCAACAAUGCAUAAAAAAACUUUUUAACCCCAAACAAACAAAGAAGAGUGUCGUUAAUAAUUAUAAUGUACCACAGCCUCCUGCUCUGUUAAUAAAGUACUUCCCCAGCUGAUAAAACUGACCUUACAGAAGCAUGCAAACACUGGGACAGAGAUUUACUCCCUCCAGCAGGGCAGUUAGAGCAAAGCGAUGAUAUUCAGUUACUGAUUAUUUGUUUUCAAGCAGUCAACCAAUUACCUGUUUAUUUGGAUUUGAAUGAUUACUUAAAUCCAUCGGCCAAGACGAUUUGCAGCAGAGUCAGAUACAAGGUGCAAGUGUGGCGUGUAAUUAUGAUCUAUUGGUUAUGCAUCAGUGAAGAUGUCAUUGUUCUCUCUAACUAUAUUCUUGUUUAUCAUAUUAGUUAUCACAUAUCACACAGAUACUUUAUAAAAUUGAUAAACAGCCCAGAAGCAUCACAUUUGGGUACUGACUUUCCUUGGUAUGGCUGCCCACUUCCUUUGACUUUUUAAAAUCCGUGACUAUGUCAUGCCCACUCUUAUUAAAUCUGUCACUCAUUCGCCAAAUCAGGCAGCCAAUCAUAAUGUUCUAUUCCCUCCCAUGUGACUCGAGGGAAGGUUUUAUUUAUUUAUUAGAAAAAAAAUGCAAGACUCCAUUCAAGUAGCAGCUAAUACAAUUUGAUCAGCACAGCCACGGUGCGUUUCCCUGCAUACCCCAGUAAGCGUUCCUCACCAGGAGCCCAGUUUUACAUUAGGAGGCUAAUUGCUGACCCCAACUUUUACAUGUAUGCUCAUAAUGACUUUUUUUGUUGCAUAAAAUUGUUUUCUCUCUCUCUCUGGUAUGGCCCAGAUGUUUAGUUUAUUGAUCGUAUAGCUUUGUUGCACAUGUUUAUAUAUAAUCUGCAAUGCAGAUCUAACAUGAUGCGUAAAUAUAGGAAUAAAAUAAAAUGCAAAGACAUUUACCUUCACUGUGCUAGAGUCGAUAGAGUUUGGUGCCUAAUAUCAGAAUUAUGUUGGUCUCUGAGCUAGAUCAAUCUCAAUUUAAGACAAUCAUGUUGUUAGUGAAAAAUGAUCCUCUAAACAUUUUUACAUAAUUCAUUUCUAUUUCACUUUCUUGUGUCACGUAAAAACUGAAACUUAAAUUAAAAGUAAAACUUUUAAAAUGCAUCUAAAUUAAAAUCCAUUGAAAAAUCCCAGUUAAAAAUAUGUUCUGCAAUUCAUUAAAUAGCAAUGUUUUUAUUCUGGAUUUUAAAACCUUCAGUGUCAGUGCUAGAACUGUAGAACCUCACGUUUCUGUAAUUUUGUAGGCUUUGUCUUCUAAACUUACACAACAGGAUAGAAAUAGUUAUUACCAGAUGCAUUACCAAAUACAUUUUUUGAUUCAACAGCAUGUAUCACGUCAUAAGCUUUCAAAUAAGACCAAGAUCAGGGUUUUAGGCCCAGUGCUAUGCGAGUAAUUAUGUGACAGAUGGACACAACCCUUAGCAUUUUAUAUAGAUACUAGGUGUGCUACCUGCCUGAGAUGGGUUGAAAUCUAAGGCCUCAGCAUUAACGUUUGCAGUGCACCAUUUAUUGGAAUGUAUUUUGUAAUGCAUGUUGUAAUGAAAUGCAGAGCAUUUGUCAUUCCAACAGAUGGCCUAUUAUAAACAUUUGCCUCAGGCGCUGACAUCCAAGGUUCCAUCCCCAAUAAGGGCACGCAAAGGUGUGUACACCUGAUGAGCCCCAAUUAGGGCAAAACAAGUGUCGUGUACUCUUUGUAUUAUUUGGCAGGUACUGUGUCACAUUUGUAGUAAUAAAAUGCUUUUACUACAAAUGUUUGUGAUGCACCAUCUGUUGCAAUGACAAAUGUACUGCAUAGGUCUCUGUUAUAUGCCAUUUUGGUAGGGGAUUUGUAAGAGCAGUAUUAAUAUGUGUGAUGCACCAUUGGUUGGAAUGACAAAUGAAAUGCAUUUUAUUACUACAAAUGUUUGUUAUUUUCCAUCUGUUGGAGUGACAGAAACACGGCAACUGGAUGGACCCACAGAUACACAGACAUACUGCAUAUCCUUUUAUCAAGGUGAAUAUAUAUAUAUAUAUAUAUUUUUUUUUUUUUACAGUUGUGAGCAAAGAUGGAUAAAGUGACUCACUAAUGGUCACACUGUGAGUCAGUGUAGCCUCAGGCUGCACUUUGCCCAAAAUGUUAUUUAUAUGUUACAUUCACUGUCAAGUCCAUCUCAAGGAGCUUUAUAGGUCCACUAGAAUGAAGGGAUUCUUUUUCAGUCAGGACUGAUCCAGUAACCUUCGGCCACUCUCCCUGCCAACCCCAUUUCAUAAACAUUUAUGUGCGUGCAUGCAAUGUUGCAUCAUAUGAUACUCAUUAAUUUAUUACAACUGACAUCUGUUUUAAAUGUCCAGUAGCGUUACACAAUCCAUAUCUUACAAAUGAUACUCACAGCUCUAUUAAAUAAUACACUUAAGGAUGAAAUUAAAUUAAACACAUUAAUCAAGCUCUUCUAAGCAGUCAUUACAAAUUAACAGUAUCACUGGACACAAUCUGCUAAAAUGUAUUGCUUUGUUCUCAACAGCGGAUGAUCCAAAAACACAUUUCUUGUUAUGUCUGAUUCAGUGCCCCACUAAUUGUAAUAUUUUUAUGCCGUAAUAACAUCCAUGCUAAAUUGUGCCAAAAGUCCACAGCAGAGUCUUAUUCACCAGUCUUACAGUCCUGAUCAUUGUUAUUAACUGUGACUAAGGACCGAUAAAGAAGGUAAUAAAGAUUCAUGAUUCUUGUGUUUCUUCAUUCAAGUGUUUUGUUGGUUAUUGUUUAGUUGUAACUAUAACAACAAAGGAUACGAUUACAAAGUAUCUAAAAUACAUAUGUGAUGUCAGCCACUAUUUCAAAGUGUAUUUCCCAAAAUGCAGUUCAUUGUUGGUUAAAUGAUCAUGGACUACACAGCUGUUUAUUAACGCAGGACCUAAUUUUUGCAUUUCUCAAUGUGAAGUUUUCAUUUCAAUUUAAAAGGCAUGCGUUGCAUUUGCAACUUUGGUCUAACAGUGACAUGUCAUAGUUCUGAUAUUCGCAAUGUAAGUCUAGAAUAUAUUGAAAACGCAUUUAAAUAUCUAAAUAAAACCAGUUGGGUCCAAAUAUAUCAUUCCAUAUCAUGGCACAGUUUAAGGUUUAUUUUAUGUCAGCUACAUAAUUUUAACUUCUGUCUAAGGCCAUAAGUUUUAAAACCAUGCUAUAUUAUGAGAAAGUGUCAGGUUUCCUCUAUGCAUACAGUAUUAAAAAUGCAAAAAUGUUCUUGUGAAUAAAGUGGUUUACUUGAGGAGGUGAUUCAGAAACAAAGUACUGGUAAAUAAGAGGAUAUUCUUGUUUGUUUUUUGAAUAUAAAUGAUAGGGCCUUUAUAACAGAGUUAGCGGCCCUCUCAUUGUGCUCUUCACAGCCGGUGUUGUUUAAAGUCAGGUAACCUCUAGCAUGCUUGAUGACAUAAGAUGUUCAUAGCCUUAUUAUACUGGGAUUAUUUAAAAACAUAAAGAAAUUAACUCAUGUUAUCCAGCAUAUUCAGUAUUGCUUGAUUUUAUAAACAAUCCACAUGUACUUGUUUUUUCUGUAAUUUUUGGUUGUGUUGUUGUGUUCAGUUCUAAUGUUGCAGUCACAAUGUCUUAAUAGUAAAAAAUGAUUUAUUAACCUUUCUAUCUGUUAUAUUUGUUAGAUAAUGAAUGUAAACAUUGUGUACAUUCGAUUGUUUUUAUCAUGUUAACUGUUUUGAAUUUUCACUGUACUUUCAAUAAAAUUAAUAAAAAUUACCAAGCAAGUGUGUUUUAAUAAGCAA